GUUUAGGGCGUGCAUUCGGCAUAUUUUUGCUGCCAGUGGUGUCUGGAUAGGGUUGGGAUCAGCCCACAGGUCCUGGCUUCCCAGAAGUAAGAGAAAUCAAGUGAAGAAAUGAAGGAAGGAGAAAUUUGCUGGCUUUGAAUAUCAUCAUUUCUGGGGAUGACUAUAGCUGGAUACGAAGACUUCUGACUAUAAGGAUUUCUUAGCAGAUACAGAAGAGACAAAAUAAGUAUAGUCUGUAUUGCUCGCAGAAGAAAAUGAUCGAGGCCCAGGAAUCACUGACACUGGAGGAUGUGGCUGUGGAAUUCACCUGGGAGGAGUGGCAGCUUCUGGGCCCUACUCAGAAGGACCUGUAUCGGGAUGUGAUGCUGGAGAACUAUAACCAUUUGGUAGCAUUGGGGUAUCAAGCUAGCAAACCAGAUGCAUUCUCCAAGUUGGCACAAGGAGAAGAACCAUGGAUAAUUGAAGAUAAAAUCCAGAAUACGAACUGUCUAGGAAUCAGUAAAGUUGAUGGUCAUCUGCAAGCAUAUUCUCCAAACCAAAGAUUUCUAAAGAGCAUACAACAAUGCAGUGAACAUAAUGCUUUCAGAAAUACUAUUCAUCUGAGUGAAACCCAUUGGCCUCUAGUGCAAAAUCAUGAUACAUUUGACUUAUGUAGAAAAACUGUGAAAUCAAGUUUCAGUUUAGUCAACCAGAAGGGAAGGCAUGAAAUCAAUAACUCUGUUGAGUUUAGUGGAGAUGAGAAAACUCUUCUACAUGUUAAACAUGAACAUACUUGUACUAGUAGUCAAUUCCCUAGAAGUGAAAAAUCUACCAAUACUAAAUUCCAAGUCUUUAAGCAUCAGAAGAUUAAAAAAAUUGAGAAACUCCAUGCAUCCACUGAAUUUGAGCAGACCCUCUUCAGGAAGUCUCAGCUUAUUUACCAUGAGAACAUUCAUACAAGAGAGGAUCCUAGAAGUGGUCAAUGUCAGAAGUCAUCCAGAAGUUUUAUGGUCACUAAGCACCUGAAAACUCAUACAAGAGACAAAACCUAUGUACCUAAAGAACACAGAAAAGGCUCUACUGUGAAAAGCAGUCUCAUUGCACAUCAGCAAACCCAUACAGAAGAGAAAUCCUAUAUAUGCAGUCAGUGUGGAAAGGGCUUUAUGAUGAAGCGCUAUCUAAUUGCUCAUCAGCGAACUCAUAGUGGAGAGAAACCUUAUGUAUGUAAUGAAUGUGGAAAGGGCUUCACAGUGAAGAGCAAUCUCAUUGUACAUCAGCGAACUCAUACAGGGGAGAAGCCUUAUAUAUGCAGUGAAUGUGGAAAAGACUUUACCAUGAAGCGCUAUCUUGUUGUUCAUCAGCGAACUCACACAGGAGAGAAACCCUACCUAUGCAGUGAAUGUGGAAAAGGCUUUACGGUGAAGAGCAAUCUCAUUGUACAUCAGCGAUCUCAUACUGGAGAGAAGUCUUAUAUAUGCAGUGAAUGUGGAAAAGGUUUCACGGUAAAGCGUACUCUUGUUAUACAUCAGCGGACUCAUACAGGAGAGAAAUCUUAUAUGUGCAAUGAGUGUGGAAAAGGCUUCACCACAAAGCGCACUCUCAUUAUACAUCAGCGAACUCAUACAGGAGAAAAACCAUAUGAAUGCAGUGUAUGUGGUAAAGCCUUCAGCCAGAAAAUAUGCCUUAUACAACACGAACGAUGUCAUACAGGAAAGACUCCCUUUGUAUGUACUGAGUGUGGAAAAUCCUAUUCACACAAAUAUGGUCUCAUUACCCAUCAGAGAAUUCACACAGGAGAAAAGCCUUAUGAGUGCAAUGCAUGUGGAAAAGCCUUCACCACAAAGUCAGUACUCAAUGUACAUCAAAGAACUCAUACAGGAGAGAGACCAUAUGGAUGCAGCGAUUGUGAGAAAGCCUUUUCCCAUUUAUCAAACCUUGUUAAACACAAGAAAAUGCACAUAAGAGAAAUGGGUAGAAUCAUCCAAGUUGAAAAUUCCUCUACCAGAGAGUAAUGGAUUAUUACUUACAAGUGAACUUAAGCAAAACAAAAACCCUAUUAAUGCAUUGACUGUGGAAAUGCCUUUUGUGGCAACUCAGAAUUUAUCAAAUGUGAGUUUAUUGCUAGCAGAUGGAAUAUAAUCACGGCACUACCUGUUGUUAGAUAUGUGUCCUCAGUAGAUGAAAGAAUCUGCCCAGAUGAUAUACUUGGUGAAUACAGUAAAUAUGGUAUAGUGCCUUCAGUGAUCUUUUACCUCACAUUUUCUGUUAAUGAAAACACAUUGGAUAAACUGUAAUGCAUUCAAUGUGGAAAUGCCUUGAGCAGUAAUUUCUAGCUCCUGUGUUUGCAAAGUGUUUAC